UCGACAUUUUGAGGGGUGAAAAAUAGUACCCGACCAAAUAACGAAUGUUUUCGUGAUCGUCCUCAGGAUUGCAGCUCUGCUCAGCUCUCUAAGGUCUCUCUUUGGUGAAAUUGUCAUUAUUGCUGAGUUUUUUAAGCUAAGGCAUGGUGGGUUGGCAGCGCCAUUUGCAGUCCUUAUUGCGUCAAGCUGGGAGGAGACUUGAUCAGAGCCGCCUUUCUCCUUUAUAUUCAUUUUAUCAUUCAAAGGCUGCCCCAGGACUUGCAGGUGAGGCGGCUCAUAGAAACAUACUGUGGAGUUCGCAUUUUCAUUGCACAACAAGACCUUUAUAUCACUAUGUCCAGCAAUUGGGAUUUACCAGUACGAGAAAGCUACUUGCAGACUCUUCUAAUGAAACUCCAAUUUCAUCUCCACUAACUCCAGCUUUAGCUUUGAGCGGUGGAAAGGCUGAACCUGAGAAACCAGUUUCUAAACCUUCAAAAGUACAAGCAGUUUUAAAGGGAAUAAAACAGAGUCCUAAGAAGGUGAACUUGGUUGCUGCAUUAGUCCGUGGUAUGCGUGUUGAAGAUGCUUUAUUGCAGCUACAAGUAACAGUUAAGAGAGCUUCUAAGACAGUCUAUCAGGUCAUUCAUUCAGCACGGGCAAAUGCAACUCAUAAUCAUGGAUUAGAUCCGGAUCGUCUACUUGUUGCUGAGGCAUUUGUGGGAAAGGGAUUCUAUCGAAAAAGGGUAUCCUACCAUGCUAAAGGAAGAUGUGGGGUAAAAGUAAGACCAGAAUGUAGACUGACGGUGGUUCUGAGAGAGAUUACCCCGGAGGAGGAAGCUGAGAUAGCCAAGUUGAGAGUUCACAAUUUCCGCAAACUUACUAAACGAGAAAAAAGGCUUGUGCCUCAUCAGCUUAUUGAGACCACUCCCAUAUGGAGCCGCAAAAGCAAAUCAAAAGACGCUGCAUCAGAUGCGAUGGCAGCUUGACCAGAUUCCAGUUUUUCAAUUUUGGUUGAAAGCUUAGGUGUUAUAUAGGAGACCCAAGCAUAAGGAACGCCAAUUAUCGACUGCUUCCUUCUCCGCGUAUUGACAUCUAGAGUUGUAGUAUUAAUGCAUUUUAGCUUCCAAAAAAAAAAGUGUUAGAACAUGAAUCUCGCUAUUCUACAUUGCAAGGCUUGUUUGUUUUUGAAUGUUUACUUGAAAUGACUGGUUUGCAGCUUGAGUUAACUGGAACGGCGACAGACUUUUCUUCUGUUGCAUUAGUUGCCCA